AUGGAAGCUGAAGUCCCCCCACAGUGGGAAAACCUCCAUCUCUCAGUAACUUGCGAUCCGUCUUUGCAGCAGACGAGACCUCAGCUAUAUGAGAAGCUCAACAUCGAUCUCCUCACUUGGAGAACUCUCAUCACCAACGCCCUCGCUGACAUGUAUGGCAUUGUAGGAGAGGCCAGGCAUUUUGACAUUUUGGCUAAGCAGCAGAAGACGCCAGCUCUUGAUGCUGUUAUAAGAGUUAUGCCUGAGGAUAAAGACGUGUUCAUCACCAGCUUGGCCAGCUACAACUUCUCACUUAGUGACCAUUUGGGCCAGGAAUAUGAUGUGACGGCUUCCAUUACGGUCAAGAAUUCCAGCCCGUAUCUCGGGCUGCUUGUCACCUCGGAACUCGCCGAUUUGUAG